UGUCAGAUUUUCUAACCAAAUUUAUUUGAGCCUCAAACUUUAAGAGGAGCUGUUGUUUUUAUUUACUCGCCAAUCUCGAACAAAACCGGUGCCGCACGCCGUUAAAAAUCUGCAACAAUCUUAUUUUCCUAGUCACAAUGGAUAACCGACUUAAUCGAUAUGAGAAAAUUGAUUUUCUAGGAGAAGGUCAGUUCGCUACGGUUUACAAAGCCCGGGACAUCGAAACCAACGAAAUCGUCGCGGUGAAAAAGAUCAAAAUCGGUAACCGGGAAGAGGCGGCAGAUGGCAUCAACCGUACGGCCUUGCGAGAAAUCAAGCUCCUGCACGAGCUACACCACGAGAACAUCAUCGGAUUGCUGGACGUGUUCGGCCACAAAAGUAACGUUUCGCUGGUGUUUGACUUCAUGGACACGGAUCUGGAAAUCAUUAUCAAGGAUCCGAAGAUUCUGCUGACUCCGGCGAAUAUAAAAAGUUACAUGAUUCAAACGUUGAAAGGGUUGGAGUAUCUGCACCAUCAUUGGAUCCUACAUCGGGAUUUGAAGCCGAACAAUUUGCUGCUCAGUGGAUCCGGAAUACUGAAGAUUGGUGAUUUUGGUUUGGCGAAAUUUUUCGGAUCUCCGAAUCGGAUCAAUACCAAUCAGGUCGUAACCCGGUGGUACCGAUGCCCGGAAUUGCUGUUCGGAGCUCGACAGUAUGGAACCGGAGUGGACAUCUGGGCUGUGGGAUGCAUUUUGGCGGAGCUUUUGCUGAGGGUUCCAUUUCUUCCGGGCGAAAGCGAUCUGGACCAGUUGACACGAAUCUUUCAGGUGAUGGGAACACCUACGGAUGAAAAUUGGCCCGAUGUUAAAUCCCUACCGGACUUUGUCCAGUAUAAGCAUUUCCCGCCCAUUCCCUUGAGAGAUAUCUUCACCGCGGCCUCGGAUGAUUUGCUGGAUUUGGCGAACAAGCUUCUUGCCCUGUAUCCGUUGCACAGGUGCACAUGUACUGAGGCCCUUAAGAUGCCGUACUUCUCCAAUAAACCUGCCCCUUCGAUUGGCAGUAAGCUCCCGAUGCCGGCCAGUUACUACGCCGGAACGAAGGAUAAGGAAGAUAAGCAGCCAACGCUGAAACGGAAACUGGCGGAAACGGUGGACGGAGGAACGCUUCCCAAGCGGUUGCAGUUUUAGCCGGUCGGGUGAGUCUAAGUUCUUGUUUUAGAUUUUAUUCUUGCUGGCAAAUUCGUCCCUUCCGUGCUUUCCAUUGUAGAAUAAACAUUUUUUUUCUAAUA